CAGGUAUGUUCUAAAAUAUAAUAAAUACAAAAAAGAGUUACCCACUGUCGCAAAGCGAGGCUUUACGGUAGGAGGGGGCGGGGCUAAAGUCCAACCAGGAAGUCUACAACACCGCUCCGUGUUUACACAUGCUGGCGGCUUCACGUGGAGGAUAUUUUCACUAUUAAAAUGUCUUCAAAGAAAAAUAAAAGCAAAUCGAAAAGAGCGAGUGAAGGGGACAGCUCGAAUGAUUCCUGCGGCCUGACGACAUCCGGCCAGGAGGGCGGAAGGAGCAGGAGUUUGAGCAGCCACUCUUUCACUGUCAUCGAUUUCAUUGACAAAGCUGACGACAAAACGCCUAAAAGUUGCAGAUCAACUUUAGUCCAGCUGAGCCUGAAUUCCAUGAAGUCAGCCGGCGUUUGCAUCGGGAGGCCGGUCCUGCUGACGAGUCCCGCGGGACGACAAGAGGUGUGUUUAGGUUGGCCGACUGCCUCCUUUCCCGCUAGAAAAGUGGGUCUUCAGAGAUGCGCUCAGAACAACCUGAGAGUGAAGUCUGGGGACGAGGUGAUGCUGCAGCCGGUAACGGGUCCCGUGCUGCAGGCGGAGGAGGUGCUUCUCUCAAACAGGUCUAAAGAUGACACACUAGAGACGGACGAGUUCAUGAACUUCUUCGUGCAGACUCUGGUUGGGAACGUCGUUUUGCCAGGAAACGUCAUCUCCCUGAACUACUUCGGCCGCUCCUGCGGCCUGCGGGUCGAGUCCGUAAGGGGGGAGGACGGCGUCACCCUCCGGAGGCCGGCUGCCGACACGGAGGACUCCUCCGUGAUGAACUCCUCCGUGAUGAACUCUGUGCUGGACUCCACCUCGGCCGACCUCUCCCUGCAGCUCAGCCUGCUGACUGUGGAGGACGUCGUCGCCGACGCGGUGCCGAGCCCGUCUGGAGAGCCCGGCCGCGCCGCCAGCACCCCGCGCCGACCGGCUCACCCGGCCUCUGUCUCCUCCCCCUUUGCUCUCUGCACGCCGUCCUCCCAGAGUCCUCCCGCGGCGGCGUCGGCGGAGGAGGCGGCCGUCGGCCCGGAGGGCUCGCUUGGCCCUGAGCAGGCCGAGCUAAUCCCCGCAGCGCCCCCUGGCUGUGCACUGAGCUCAGAAACCUUCUACUGCCUGUCUCGCUCCACCAAAGUCCGCGUGGGAAGCAGAGCGGCGCAGGAGGACCCGGACGCGCAGGCUGGAAGGUCAAAGGUCACCUACAGCAUGAUCGGUGGGCUCAGCGGCCAGUUGGACGUCAUCAGGGAGACCAUUGAGCUGCCUCUGAAGCACCCCGAGCUGUUCUCCACCUACGGGAUCCCACCGCCCCGAGGCGUGCUCCUGUACGGACCCCCCGGCACCGGAAAGACCAUGAUUGGGCGAGCCAUAGCCAACGAGGUCGGAGCUCACAUGACGGUGAUCAACGGCGCAGAGAUCGUGAGCAAAUUUUACGGUGAAUCUGAAGCGAGGCUGAGGCAGAUAUUCACUGAAGCGUCUCAGAGACCACCUGCUAUAAUCUUCAUCGAUGAGCUGGAUGCUUUGUGCCCGAAGCGAGAGGGAGCGCAGAACGAGGUGGAGAAACGAGUCGUAGCUUCCCUCCUGACUCUGAUGGACGGCAUCGGUUCAGAGGGUCACUCUGGUCAGCUGUUGGUUCUGGGGGCCACAAACCGGCCUCACGCCCUGGACCCCGCCCUCCGCAGACCGGGCCGCUUCGACAAGGAGCUGGAGGUCGGCGUCCCCAGCGCUGCAGAGCGUGCAGACAUCCUGCAGAAGCAGCUGAGUUCCGUGCUCUGCAGCGCCGGCGCCGAGGAGGUGACGCGGCUGGCCGACGCGGCCCACGGAUACGUCGGAGCCGACCUGGCGGCGGUCUGCAAAGAGGCAGGCAUGCGUGCACUGAGGCGAGCGCUGGGAAACUCCCCCCAAGCGUCGGACCGGCAGCUGAGCGGGACGGUGACCGUCGCUUUGCAGGACCUCCAGUGGGCCAUGUCUGUGGUGAAGCCCAGCGCCAUGAGGGAGGUCGCUGUGGACGUCCCAAAGGUCCGCUGGUCGGAUGUGGGCGGGAUGGACGAGGUGAAGCUGAAACUGAAGCAGGCCGUGGAGUGGCCCCUGAGGCACCCCGAGGCCUUCACCCGCAUGGGGAUCCAGCCGCCUAGAGGAGUCCUGCUGUACGGGCCCCCGGGCUGCUCCAAGACCAUGAUAGCCAAGGCCCUGGCUAAUGAGAGUGGGCUCAACUUCCUGGCUGUCAAGGGUCCAGAAUUACUGAGCAAGUAUGUCGGGGAGUCUGAACGGGCCGUGCGAGAGGUGUUCCGGAAGGCGAGGGCCGUCGCUCCCUCCAUCGUCUUCUUCGACGAGAUCGACGCCCUGGCCAGCGAGAGGGGAAGCGCCUCGGGCUCCGGCGGUGUGGGCGACCGGGUCCUGGCUCAGCUCCUGACAGAGAUGGACGGCAUCGAGCAGCUCCGGGACGUCACCGUGCUGGCUGCCACCAACCGGCCCGACAUGAUCGAUAAGGCUCUGAUGCGUCCAGGUCGCCUCGACCGCAUCGUCUACGUGCCUCUUCCAGAUGCGGCGACCCGACGGGAGAUAUUUUCCCUCCAGUUCCGCAACGUGCCGGUGGCCGAGGACGUGUCCGUGGACGAGCUGGUGACUCGCACGGACAAGUAUUCCGGAGCAGAGAUAGCGGCAGUAUGCAGAGAGGCCGCGCUCCUCGCCCUGCAAGAGGACAUCAAAGCUCAGCACGUCGAGGCCGGACACUUUGAAAGCGCCCUGAGGACGGUGGAGCCCCGGAUCCCCGACUCUCUCAUCCAGUCGUAUAUCAGCUAUCAGCAGCGGCGGAGCGGCCUGAGCUUCUUCUGACUCGAGGGGCGGCUUUCUUGUGUGAAAUAAAGAAUUCUGUGUGUUGAACAUUACUUCUUUUUUUGUAAUUGUAGAUGGAACAACAUGUAUGUAAUAAAUGCAUUGUGUAUAUUCA